AUGGGUCCGCGCUCCCUGCGGAGGUUACGGCGGCCGAGUCUGCGGCCCGUGCUGCUGCUUGUCGUCGUCAUCUUCGUGCUCAUCCCGCUGGCCGUCUACCACGUGGCCACCUUCGACUUCCAGCGCGUGGCGUCCCUCGAGCGGCGCUCCCACCUCCGCCCGCCGUCAUCGGAGCCCGUGCCCGCGUGUCUCUCCGUGGCCAGCGCCGACUUCCUGCGGCCCGACGCACUGCGCCAGCUGCAGGCGCGCUGCGGCCUCCGAGCCGCCGUAGAGCCGCCUAAAAGUAGGAGUCAAUUACGUCUCGUACACUUCGUCCACAGGGAGCAGUUCACGUACCUGCAGUUCGCGGCGCUGCAGUCCGUCAGGCGCGCGCUGCGGCCCGACGUGAUGAUGAUGCACUACCCGGACGCGCCGCCGCGCGGCGUCUGGUACACGCAGUGCCAGCGCCAUCUCGGGCUGCACCAGGUGCUGCCCCCCGUGGCGUUUGACGCCUCGCUGCCCCGACACAAGCGCCGCCGCAUCACGGAGCUGCUGCUGAUGCUGCGCGCGCUCCAGAAGCACGGCGGCGUGGCGCUCUCGGACUUCAACACGUUCCUGCUGAGAGGCAUCCACGUGGACAUGCAGGCGCCGCUCGUGGUGGCCAGUCAGGCGAGUAGCAGCAGCGGCAGGCUCAGCCUGGGGCUACACGUGAUGCAGGCUCCGCCGGGCCACCCGUUCUUGGCGUUUCUAGAGGAAGCGAUCGUUAAGCUGGUGGAGAAGAACGACCCAAAGCUGCACGAGAUGAGGGUGGAUGACGUGGUGGGGCGCGUCGUGCUGGAGAGAUUCCGUCGAGAGCAGGGCGAUGGGAGUGGGGGCAAUUCGACCAGCGUCGUGGACGGAGUGGCCAUCGGAACGCCCGACUUGUUCGAGUUUGGCGGGCUGCACGAGCUGCUCACAGCGAAGUUGGGGCCGUCGCUCGCUGGGAAGUUCCGAGGCGUGGCGGGGUUUCACGUAGAUAGGGACGGGAUCGCAGAGCAGACUGCGCAUGUCGAGGACCUUCGAGAGAUUGAGCGGAUGCAGAAGGAGCUGGCGUUGGCGGGCGAGUGGCAGAGUCUAGACACGCUGCUCGGAGCAGUGGUGCGGCUCGCAGUGACAGCGAACACCACGGCGGAGCUGGAGCCGCUGUUCACGUAG